GUCACGUUCUGUUGUGUGCCCCACGCGCGCUCCUAGCAGUUUAAAAAUCUAAACCUGGAGAGGUUUACGUGCUGAAUAUUUUUUAAUCGUGGGCAAAAUAAAGUGCUAAUGAAGUAAAGUUCAAAGUUAACAUGCAGAACUUCUGAGGGUGCGCAAGCCAGCAGCACGCGGUCCUCUGCAGGCUGCUACCGUUCAGCGCCUCCCCAGUAUCAUAAUGAAAGGAGACAGCGACAUCUCGCGGACCACGCAGGGAAUUGAAGGAUGUUAGGGGAAUGUUGAAAACACUACACCACUGACCCACCGGACGUUUUCAUAGUAUGGAGGUUGCCAAGUCUGGACGAAGAGCUCGCCCUGCGGCACACCAGUCAUCGUUUGAAGAGACUCGUCACAUAAGGAAGUCCUCCACCUCUGCUUCAGCAGGAGAGGAUGAUGAUGAGGGCCCUCCUCCUAAACCAGCCCGGCGGCAGGGCGGCUGGGCAGAGGACAGCUCUGGAUCUGGUUCUGCCAAUGUCGCCACCCCCGCCCCGCAGACAGGACACCAUCCAAGGGCAGGCAGAUCUUCGAGAAGACCUGCAGCUGAGGACCUCGAAGACCGCCGCCUGCGACCACAAACUCCCCAGGGAUCAGAUGAUGAAGGAGACAUCCCAACUAUUCCUGAUCUGGAUGAAGUGCAAGAAGAAGAUCUCACCAUGCAAAUUGCUGCUCCACCAUGUAUUCAGGUGAACCGGGUAAUGACCUACAGAGAUCUGGACAAUGAUCUGAAGAAUUAUUCUGCAUUCCAAACCUUAGAUGGAGAGAUCGACUUGAAGCUACUCACCAAGGUUUUAGCACCCGAGCAGGAGGUGAGGGAGGUGAGUGAAUUUUUAGUAAAUAUAGCUUGUGAGCUCCCAACGAAAGGCCUGUCCAGCUGUUUCUUGAGCACCAGGGGAGGUUGCUGUCUGUCUCUCAGGAUGAUGUGAGCUGGGAAUGGGAUCAUCUGUUUACAGAGGUGUCCUCGGAGCUGCUGAUGGAAUGGGAUCAAGGAGAGAGUGAGGAGCUGGCUGUGUAGCCUGCAACACGAGGAGGAUGCUUGAACUGAGACAUGAAGUCGCUCUAGUAGGAGUGAUGGGCGAACGUCCCACUACACAGAAGGGCUACCAACUUCAGUUACUGUUAUUUUGUAUAAAGUGUGUGUACAGCAUUUGGUAAAUUUUAUAAAUAAAUAAAGUUAUCUGUGGAUGGAGCAGUACAGUGUUACCUUA